AUGAAUCUACGUUCUGUAUUUACUGUAGAACAACAAAGGAUUUUACAGCGUUAUUAUGAAAAUGGAAUGACAAAUCAAAGUAAAAAUUGCUUUCAGCUAAUAUUACAGUGUGCACAGGAGACUAAGCUGGACUUCAGUGUAGUCAGGACGUGGGUCGGCAAUAAGAGAAGAAAAAUGAGCAGUAAAAAUUCUGAAUCAGGAGCAGCAACAACAGGAACUAUUUCUGGUACCUCUUUGUCAGCUCCAGACAUUACAGUAAGAAAUGUGGUUAAUAUUUCUCAACCCUCAAGCCAACAGUCUUCUUGGUCAUCUGCCAAUAAUGAUGUCAUUGUGACUGGAAUAUACAGUCCAGCCAAUUCAUUAAGUAGGCAAGGAACAACUAAAUAUACAAAUACACAAAUUACAGAAGCACAUAAAAUUCCCAUUCAGAAAACGGCCAGUGAAAAUGGUACUGAGUUUCAGCUGCACAUUCCUGUUCAAAGACAAGUAGCACAUUGUAAAAAUGCCUCUCUGCUCUUGGGUGAAAAAACGAUUAUCUUGUCAAGACAGACAAGUGUGCUAAAUGCUGGAAACUCCGUAUAUGCAAAGAAAAACUACGGAAGCUCUUCAAUGCAAGCCUCUGAUAUCAUGGUAUCUCAAAAGCCAUCUUGCCACCGACCUUGCAAAAUUGAACCAGUUGGAAUUCAAAGGCCAUAUAAGCCUGAACACACGCGUCUAACAUCACAUAACUUAUGUGGGCAAAAACCACCUAUUAGAGAUCCUUACUGUAGAACACAAAACUUAGAAAUCCGUGAAGUAUUUUCAUUGGCAGUUAGUGAUUACCCCCAGAGAAUUCUGGGAGGAAAUCCUCCACAGAAGUCUAGUUCAGCAGAAGGAACUUGUUUGUCCAUUGCAAUGGAGACUGGAGAUGCUGAUGAUGAAUAUGCUAGAGAGGAAGAGUUAGCACUGAUGGGAGCACAGAUACCAAGCUACUCAAGAUGUUAUGAAAGUUGCAGUUCCCUUCAAGCUGAGAACCAAAGUACAGCUUUGCCAGGACCAGGAAGAAAUAUGCCAAAUUCACAGAUGGUGAAUAUUAGAGACUUGUCAAACAAUGUACUGUAUCAAAACAGAGACUACCAUUUGACACCACGGACCUCAUUACAUACAGUACCUACAACAAUUUACAGUAAUACAAACCCACCACGGAAUAAUUUUUCUUCACAUUUUGCAUCAUCAAACCAAUUGAGGUUAUCACAAAACCAAAACAAUUACCAGAUUUCAGGAAAUCUAACUGUGCCUUGGAUUACAGGGUGUUCUAGAAAAAGAGCACUACAAGACCGCACUCAGUUCAGUGACAGAGACUUAGCCACCCUUAAGAAGUACUGGGACAAUGGCAUGACCAGCCUUGGAUCUAUCUGUAGAGAAAAAAUUGAAGCAGUUGCAACUGAAUUAAAUGUUGACUGUGAAAUAGUUCGGACUUGGAUUGGGAAUAGAAGAAGAAAAUAUCGUUUAAUGGGGAUUGAAGUUCCACCUCCAAGGGGAGGCCCUGCUGAUUUUUCUGAGCAUCCAGAGUCUGGUUCUUUGUCUGCACUCACAACAGGAGAGGAAGCUGGUCCUGAAGUAGAAGAAGAUAAUGAUAGAAAUGAUGAAGCAUCCAUCUGUUUGUCUGAAGGAAGCUCUCAAGAGUCCAAUGAAGUUGUUCCUAAUGAAACAAGGGCUGAUAAGGAGGAGGACCACCAUGCAGUAUCCGAGGAUAAUGUGAAAAUAGAAAUUAUUGACGAUGAAGAAAGUGACAUGAUAAGUAAUUCUGAAGUAGAACAAGUGAAUUCUUUCUUGGAUUAUAAGAAUGAAGAAGUCAGAUUCAUUGAAAAUGAGCUAGAGAUUCAAAAGCAAAAAUACUUUAAACUUCAGACAUUUGUUAGAAGCCUGAUACUAGCUAUGAAAACUGAGGAUAAAGAACAACAGCAGGCACUGCUGUCAGAUUUACCUCCUGAAUUAGAAGAGAUGGAUUUCAAUCAUACCUCACUGGAACCUGAUGAUACCUCACUCGGUGUAUCUUCUUUGUCAGAGAAAAAUGCCUCAGACUGUUUGUGA